GAAGCACUUUUCGAGCAAGCAUUAUUUUGUUUUCAUUAUGUUUCUGUAUUCAAAGUCAAUCUUUCAUGAAUUUUGAUAUGAUUUUAUUUCAUCUGUUAUUGUUCUCUAAAUAAGGUGUCAUCGGGUGUCUUAAUUAUCAAUAAAUAAUGAAACAUAAAUGGAUUUUGAGUUUGCCGAUGUUGUUCAACAUUUCUUCCAGGAAGGGAAUAUGUUCAUUAAGUUCAUCAAAAUUUUUACUCACUAAAUCGUCUACACUUCCAUUCUUAGAUUCAUCAUUUAUAUUUCAUACAAACUGCAGGACUAGUCAAGUUUGCUCAAGUUUACAAUUUACACGACAAUGCAGCAACUCUAGUGAUGGUGACGAUAUUUUACCCAAUAUUGAAUAUGAAGAAUUAACUGUUGAUAUGUUUAAAGAGCUAAUUAAAAACGAGGAUGAUGAAAAUGCGAUUAGAGACAUUUUAUAUAGCUACGAGUUGCUCAAAUUUGAGACUGGUUUUGUGCCUUCAACACUCACAGUUGAAAAUAUGGAAUUGCUGCUACAGCUGAGUCACAAUAAGCGUGAAAAAACUUUUAACCUGCUAUUAAAUCGUGAAUUGAAUAGGGAAAAGCGGCGGAAUAAACCACCACAACCAUUUCCAGAGCGUCACCCACAUUUAGAAGUCGAAAGAGCCGCUGGUAGACAACAAAUUAUGGGUGUAAGAUUUGACGAUACAACAGGCGCACCUUUGUAUGGUGAAUGGCUAAACUCACAUUUUUUGCGGCUCCGCAAAUCCGAGCUUCAACAUAGUUUUGAAAAUAAUCUCAUUACGGGUUACAUGUUUGGUCCUAAAUUAGUCAUUGAUUGUGAUUAUGAACUUUCUAUAAUCGAAACAAGAAAGAUCGUUUGGGAUAUUUUCUAUGCAAUCAAAGCGGUUUCUAAACAAACCUUUCCAUUCAACAUUAUGCUAACUGGCCCGUUCAGUGAGGCAUGUAAAAAGACUAUGAAACAAACAAUGAUUUCUAAUGAUCCUGAACUUGGCUAUCUCGGUGCUCAGAUGAUUGAGCAAAAUUUUAUGGAUUUAUUUCCAAAGGAUGAUAUCAUUUACCUUUCACCCUACGCUCCUAAUGCAUUAAAAAAGUAUGAUCCGGAAAAAGUUUAUGUUCUUGGUGGUCUACCUGACGUUAUGUCAACCCUUGAUCGUACUGGAUCAUUUCCUAAAUGCAAAUCAUUAGGAAUCAAAGCUUAUCGCCUACCAUUGGAUUAUUAUUUUGUUUUUAAAAAAUCAAAAAAAUUAUCUUUACGUGAAUGCGUUACAAUUUUGGACCAUUUGAAAGACAAUCAAGAUAUUGGUGCUGCCUUAAACCAUGGCGUAGACAGUUGUCGUUACAAAACUAAGGAAGAAUUAGAAGUAGAAAGUAAACAAAGAACAGAAAGAAUCUUGAAAAGAAGUCUUCGUGAAUUGAAUAAGACUUUGAACAGAACAAAGUUCGUCUAAAAUUAAAGAAAAUUUUCUAAAAAUGUAAGUUAUUUGUGUAACAGAUUGGUGUAAAUAUCAUACAAGUGUUGAACGAACUAGAGUUGUUGAUAAUAAAGCUGUAAAAAUUUUUGAUCUUU